UACCCGGAGCUCCUGAGAUCGACGUCUCCAGCUGUGUCGUCCGUGACAACACCAUCACAGUUGCCUGGCAACCGGCUGGUGAGGCUGAUGGUGACGGAAUCAGUGGAUCAAUCGAGCGCUAUGAACUCGAAUACCGAAAAACAAACCGAGACAUCUCGCUGAGAGUUUCAGGAGAGGCAUGCUGGGAAAAAAUCCAUGACAUCAGAGAGACGCACGUUACCAUCUCAGGUCUGAAGUUUGAUUCUUGCUUUGUCAUAGUUCGAGUUCGAGCGAAAAACAAAGCGGCCACUGGCGAGUUCUCUGAUCCGGUUACCAUGGAAACAAGAGCAUUUAAUUUUGGGUUCGAUGCGACGACAGCCCACGCCGAGCUGAAGGUUCAGGGUGACACUGUGACCUGGGAACCACAGGGGGUCAAAGGUCACGACCCCCGACUUCGAGGAAAAGAGAAUAAAAGCAGUCUCCGUCUGCUGCCACACACUCAGGUAGAAACAGUCAUUGCUGAGUUCUUCACGUCCUUCAUCCAACAUUUCCAGCUUCUUGCAGCCAAUCACAUCACUGCUGACAUCACAUCACUGCUGACAUCACAUCACUGCUGACAUCACGUCCUGCUGACAUCACAUC